UCCAGAACUCCCCAGAAACUUAUCAUCUACCUCACCUCAUAAACUCGCUACAAUGUUGCGUCUCGAAGUAGAGCGCAAAUUCCGCUGCCUCGCAGUCACAAACCUCCUCCAUUACGAGUCAAUCCCACCGUUCCAGAGCAUAGAGUACCGCGGCAAAAAGACCUUCCACGAUGUCUACUACGACAGUUCAAGCUUCCUCUCAUCCAAGGGAAUCUGGGUGCGACAGCGCGACGGCCACUGGCAAGCCAAGAUCAGACGCGGCGGUGACUACAACAACUCCAAGUUUGAAGAGCUCUCAGGACAUGACCAGAUCUUUCGCUACUUGGCCCAGCUGCCUGGACACACCAGAAACAUUGAAGGAGAGACAUUCGGAUUGAGUCAGAUGGCCGCCUUUACAACCCUACGAAAGCACUGGGUCGCAAACAAAGAAUUCAACAUUGUCCAGGAUAUCACGGACUUCGGCCACACCGUGGGUGAGGUGGAGCUGGAAUGUCAGUUCAAGUAUGACGGUGAUGACUUGGAGCUGUACCGGAGCUUCAAAAUGGCUGAGAUGGAUGAAAGAAUUACUACGUUCAUGCAGAGAUACGCAUGGGCCUUCUGUCCCGGUGUACCCAAGGGAAAGCUGACGGCUUACUUUGAGAAGUUUGGUAGAAGAUAG